CUGCUCAUGCGUAUGAUGCCUUUUCCUGCCAGCAACAACAGAAACAGCAGCAUCUCGCAUCAUCACUGAGAAGAACUGAGAUUGGAGAGAGAAAGAAAGAAGGAGAUGAUGGUGGGGAGUCGAGAAGGAAAAUUAUGAAAUAACGGGUGAGGGUGUGGGCCAUGUCUGAGCUGUGAGUAGUGGCGGAGAGGAAGAGGAGGUGUAGGAGAGGAAGAGGAGGUGAGGACUGAAUAGCGGAGUGCGACGCCCCCUGUAGGGCAGUGAUGGGGAACACAGCCACUAAGUUCCGGAAGGCUCUAGUCAGCGGGGACGAGGCGUUGGCAUGGCAACUGUACGAGGGCAACAGCCAGUUCAGAGAGGGGCUGGACCCCAACGCGUCCUAUGGAGAGACCUACCAACACAACACACCCCUCCACUACACCUGCAGGCACGCCAUGACACGCCUGCUCAGGUCGUUCCUUUUCAGUAAAGAAGGGAACCCUAACAAGCGGAACGUGCAGAAUGAGACAUGUCUGCAUGCGUUGUGUCAGGGAGCGCACAUCCUGCUGCUGCCAGAGGGGGCACUGUCUCCCAGACUGGCCAGACCACAGAGAGACGAACAACGCAGGGCAGACUGCCUACAGAUGAUCCUGAGCUGGACCGGGGCUAGGCUGGACAGAGGACAGUAUGAAAGGGUUAACAUUAAUGCUACAGACAACAGGAACAGCACCUGUCUACACUACGCUGCUGCUGCUGGCAUGAAGAGCUGUGUAGAGCUCCUGGUCCAGGCUGGGUCAGACCUGUUUGUGGAGGAUGAGGAGAAGUUAACCCCGUGUGACCACGCAGAGAGACAGCAGCACACACACCUGGCCCUGCGCCUCGAAGCCAUGAUGGUGUUCUCACAACACACACACACCGAGACACAGACACCCAGCAGCACGCUGCGCCAUAAAGAGCCCUAUGAGGGUUUGAAGCUGCAGGACUUGAGGAGACUGAAGGACAUGUUGAUAGUGGAGACAGCUGACAUGCUGCAGGCUCCUCUCUUCACCGCUGAGGCACUGCUCAGAGCACACGACUGGGACAGAGAGAAGCUUUUGGAAGCCUGGAUGAGUGAUUCUGAGGAGUGCUGCCAGCGGUCUGGGGUCUUGAUGCCCACACCCCCGCCCAGCGGGUGCAAUGCUUGGGACACCCUGCCUUCCCCGCGCACCCCUCGCUCCCCCCUCACCCUAACCCUCACAUCCCUCACUGACAGCUGCCUCACCCCAGGGGAGGAGGGAGGGACUACGUGUGGGAUCUGCCUGUGUUCCAUCUCAGUGUUUGAAGACCCAAUAGACAUGUCCUGUGGUCAUGAGUUCUGCCGAGCCUGCUGGGAAGGGUUUCUGAAUGUGAAGAUCCAGGAGGGUGAGGCUCAUAACAUCUUCUGUCCUGCCUGUGACUGUUACCAGCUGGUGCCUGUUCAGGUUAUAGAGAGUGUUGUCUCCAGAGAGAUGGACAAACGAUACCUGCAGUUCGACAUCAAGGCGUUCGUGGAGAACAACCCAUCUAUCCGGUGGUGCCCGGCAGUGCGGUGUGAGAGAGCGGUCAGACUGACCAGACCUGGUCCGGGGGUCAACCACCUGGGGUUCCCCCUGCUGCCCUCCCCUGCAGUCGACUGUGGCAAGGGUCACCUCUUCUGCUGGGAGUGUCUAGGUGAGGCCCAUGAGCCAUGCGACUGUCAGACAUGGAGGAUGUGGCUGCAGAAAGUCUCAGAGAUGAAGCCAGAAGAGUUGGCAGGUGUAUCGGAGUCGUAUGAGGAUGCAGCUAACUGUCUGUGGUUGUUAACCAACUCUAAACCCUGUGCCAACUGCAAGUCUCCCAUACAGAAGAAUGAGGGCUGCAACCACAUGCAGUGUGCCAAGUGUAAAUAUGACUUCUGCUGGAUCUGUCUGGAAGAGUGGAAGAAACACAGCUCUUCAACUGGAGGAUACUACCGCUGUACACGCUAUGAGGUCAUCACACAGCUAGAGGAGCAGUCCAAAGAGAUGACUGGAGAGGCGGAAAAGAAGCACAAGAGUUUUCAGGAGUUGGACCGCUUCAUGCACUACUACAGCCGCUAUAAGAACCAUGAACACAGCUAUAAGUUAGAACAGAGACUAUUGAAAACAGCCAAAGAGAAGAUGGAACAGCUGAGUAGAGCCUUCAUUGGAUGUGAGGGCUCCCCCCCAGACACCAGAUUUAUAGAGGACGGUGUGUGUGAGUUGUUGAAGACACGUCGUGUGUUGAAGUGUUCCUACCCCUACGGAUUCUUCCUCCAGCCUCACAGCACACAGAAGGAGAUAUUUGAACUCAUGCAGACUGAUCUGGAGAUGGCGGUGGAGGACUUGGCUCAGAAGGUGAACCGUCCCUACCUGCGUACGCCGUGUCAUAAGAUAGUCAGUGCUGCCUGUCUGGUACAGCAGAAGAGAGAGGAGUUCCUGGCUUCGGUGGCUAGAGGGGUGGCCCCUAACGACUCACCUGAAGUACCUAGGAGGAGUUUCCCUGCUGGAUCAUGGGACUGGGAGUACCUGGGAUUCACCUCUCCUGAGGAGUAUGCUGAUUUCCAGUACCGGCGGAGACACCGGCCGCGUCGUAGAGGAGACAUGCCGAGUUUACACAGUCUGAGGAGCAACAGCAGUACUCCUGAGCCCAACCAGAACCCUGAGAAUACAGAGGUCCUCCAGGAGAGAGUUGAGGGGCGGAGACAGCCUCUGAGGUCACUGGAUGAAGAUGACCCCAACAUUCUACUGGCCAUCCAACUGUCACUACAGGACUCACGGAGGGAGAGAGAAAUGGAUAGAGGGAUGGGAGGAGGACUGGAAAGAGGCUCUGGUGUGAUUGAGGGCCCAGGGCUUGGGUCUGGACAGGGUCUGGAUAUAGGGCCAGUAAUGGGUCCAGGGGUGGGGAGCCUCAGUGAGACUCAGGACCCCUCCAGUGUGGGUGGUUCUCUGGGGGCCAGUGGCUCCUCUAACCUCCCUAGACCAGACCCUAACCAGUCGCUAAAUGCUGAGCUGUUAGAGCUAGGAGAAAGUCUGAUGAGACUGGGACAAAUAACUACUCCAUAUACCCUAGACAACACUAAUAUCCCUACGCCAUAUAGCUUAGAUCACACCUACGACCACUACAACCCUUCCCCCAGGUACAGUCAGAGUCAGGACCUUAGCUACACAUCUUAUACAACUGACCACAGCUAUGCUGUUCUGGAACCUGACCUCAGCACACCUUAUACACAUGGCUACAGUCACACCUGUGAUCAUAACCAGGACCACACCACUAUCAACAUUCCCUUCACUCCAGAACACGACCAUAAUUGUGGUCAAAACCAAAACCGUGGCCAUCCUACUAUCAAUGCCUUCUACAGUUCUGUUCACUGCCAACCCAGCCUCUACACUAAAUCAUCUCCUUCUCACACAGACCUUACAGCAUCAUCUAGCCCUAAACACACAAGCCUUUACCCCUCAGACCCAGAGCCAUAUGCUAUGUUCAGCCUUUCCCAUAACCCUGAACCAGACCAAACCAUCUCUUGCACCCAGGACACACAUCCUGACCAGAACCACCACCAUUGCUGCCACUCCAGCCACUACACCCCUAACCCAGACCCUUACACCCCUAACCCAGACCAUUACACCCCUAACACAGACCCUUACACCCCUAACCCAGACCCUUACACCCCUAACCCAGACCCUUACACCCCUAACCCAGACCAUUACACCCCUAAUCCAGACCCUUACACCCCUAACCCAGACCCUUACACCCCUAACCCAGACCCUUACACCCCUAACCCAGACUCUUACACCCCUAACCCAGACUCUUACACCCCUAACCCAGACCAUUACAACCCUAACCCAGACCCUUACAACCCUAACCUGGACCCUUACACCCCUAACCCAGACUACACCUCGAAUCCUGACCCAUGCCGCACUUCUUCAGACCCCCACGGCCUCCUGCUCCCCUCCCCAGACCCAGAACUCCUCUCCCCAGUGGUCCCUCCAGGUGGUCCCUUCACCCCCAGUGACCCGGGCUGCCUGGAGCGCCUGGACCCCUCAGCUGAAGCCCUGCUCCUGGACAACAUCAUGGCCUGGAUCCAACACACACACCCCCAGGACAGCCCCCAGAACAUCGACCUCAUCCCCUCAGCUAGCUCCGAGACUGGCUCACCCCCGGAGAAAUACUCACCUCCGGACACAGAGACAGACUCACCCACUGUUUCACUCCAAGAUGGUGGGGACCCAAAGAGUGAUUCCCCUCCUGACGCCCAGGCCAGUUUCAGCGGGGAGGCCCUAGCCGAGCUACGGCAGGGAGAGGCGAGUAGGGGACAGGCUGGCUCCCCCGGCCCUGGAGACAGCCUGGAGGUUAAAAGACCCAGCACUCUGGAUCUGGAGUGUUGUGAGGGUGAGGAGUGUGUGGAGUGUGUAGUCACAGGGUUUGUGUCGGACCUGUCGCAGGACGCAAUGGACACACACAUACACUCACACACACACUGUGGAGAUGACAACCUCACUCCUACCAAGACAGACUCAAGCCCCACCGCCUGGGUAGUGGAGGACCAAUCACGCGCGGAGUGGGAAGAGCAAGUUCACCUGGUGUGAUAACAGACAGACAGAUGACAGAGAGCAGGAGGAAGAGAAGAGGAGAGUGCGAGCGAGGUAAUGAUAAGCAGCAGUGACAGAGAUGAGGGAGAGAAAAGAGAGGAAGAGAGAGUGAUUAAUAGCAUUAUCAGAGAAAGCUUAGGAAAGAUUUGGGGAUGAAAAGCACUUAGAGGAAAGAACAGGAGAAAAGUCUGACAUUGAACAUGGGGUGUCCACUUGAUUUAGCUUGCUGGGCACCGAAAGCUAAUUAGUAUAUUUGACCAAGUUCUGGUCAGGUCAUGUGACCCAGGUCUGGUCAGGUCAUGUGACCUAGGUCUGAUCAGGUCAUGUGACCCAGAUCUGGUCAGGUCAUGUGACCCAGGUCUGGUCAGGUCAUGUGACCCAGAUCUGAUCAGGUCAUGCAGUGACCAGAGUUGAUCAGAGCAGAUGAGAUGUGUUUAAAUACAAUCAAAUAUGAGUGACUUUAGUGAUUUUAUCGUCCAUAUCCAUUCCACUACUGAUGGACUGACUGUAUGUGGUCUCCUCAGCCUAAGACCAGGGCGAGUUGUUUUACUGUUUAUUCAACCUUUAUUUAUCCAGAUCAAAACUCCAUGACAGAGAGAGAGAGAGGGACCGUGACAUGGCUACUCUUUAGAAACAGUCCACGGCUGAGUUGAUCAGUGUGCCUCAUUUUUAUUGAGAAUCCCCUUUUUAUCAUAUGGAACCUCAAGCAACGUGCAAAGAAUAGUAUGACUAUUAUUACUACUAUAGGGUUGUUUUGUUUUUGACAUGGUUUCCUUUCCUCUUGAGAUAAGAUGUGUUUUUAGAAGCAGCUGUGGUCUGUGGUCAUACGUAUCAAGCGUCUCAGAGUAGUGGUGCUGAUCUAGGACCAGGUCCUCCCUGUCUAUUUAAUCUUAUUCAUUAUGAUCUAAAAGGCUCAAUUGAUCCUAGAUCAGCACUUCUACUCUCCCAGGUCUUUGACUAGGUACAGGACAGGAAGCUGUUAUUUUUCUUGUGUUGGUGUUAUAGAGAUGGUUAGCACUGGUAGGAUGAUUAUAAUAUAGUCAACUUUAUAGAGAUGAAUCUGCAGUCUACAAGAGUUUAUAAUAUAAUUUCUAAAAUCAUAUUUAUCAUAUUUAAUUGUAAUAAGCUGCUUAAAAAAGUAGUCAUUGGAUAUAGAAUAACAUUUAGAAACGCAACCAUGGUUUAACUUAACUGUUGGGUGUAGUGUGCAACCAUCUGGAGUAGUGCACUAGUUUAUAGUAGGGUGCGAUGUGACGUGCGCUGAUCAUACAAAACAUGAAAUGGAACACUGAAGUCUGGAUUUGGAGUGUAUUUUUUUGUACAACACCACUGUUUUAAGUUAAGAUAAUUGUUUAUUUAGUCCAAUUUUAUUCACACUAAGGUUUUUAUUAGAUUUUUUUUUGUUUUCUUUGUUUUGUAUUUUCUUGGUACUUAAUUGAAAGUUUCAAGGCCAGUGGCUGUGUCAUAGUUUGUAACCCAGGCAUCUGAUUUUUAUAUUACUGUACCCUGGCAACCAUAAACCUUGUUGUUAUUUGCACUUUCAUAGGUGAUACUUGAUACAUUCCCAGUCCAUAUGAAAGACAGUGACGUUCGAUGUGUGGCCAAGGAGUGAAAGUAUUAGUAAAACGUUUACUCUCAAUAAAAAAAAAGAUUUAAAAAAAACACAUUUCUUUCAAUUUACUUUUCUUUCAAUGAUAUUAACUACAUAUUUUGUCACUAUAGAAUUCUUGCGUCAUGAUACAAUAAAAAGGCUUUCAACAA